CCAAUGACAUUGGAGGCUUGACUUAAUUGGUUUUAUCUUGUUCAUUAUGUGAUUGGUUCAGUAAUUGAAGCCUAGUGCUAUUCUCAUCCCAAUGUCCAGUCAAAACAAUGAAGUCCAAGUACUACAACAUACAAAUGUCUUAUUCUAGUUGUGAUGAUUUAUUGGAAAUAUUUGAUGGCUUGCAAAUUUAUUUGAGUUGAAUCUUGUUUUGGAUGAAAAAUUAUUUUGCAUAUUGGAAAAUGAGUUAAAUGACAUUGACUUCUCAAAAAUGAUUUAAAAACUAGUACAUAUGACAUUUGGUUCUUAUGUAUACUCUUUGUUCCAUUUUUCUGAAUUUUUGAAGCAAUUUUGAGCCAUUUAUGAGUUUUUAUGAUUUUACUCAUUUUAUUUUUGAAUUCUUGUUGUAACUUGUUCAUAUGAGUCUUUGGAAGGUUUUCAUGUAAGAUUUGAGAUUUUUAGAUUUUUAUAUGAGCAAUGAUACCAAUUCAAAAUUGAAAUUAUGAAAGUUGGCAAAACUCUGGGCUGUCAGAAUUUUGGUUGAGCGGACAGUCCGCCAUUGUCCGCGGACGGUCCGCCAGACGCACCGGCAAGCUUCGGUUAUACCGAUGGUGUGUCCACUAAGCAAGUGCGGAUGGUCCGCCAAGGAACGCGGACAGUCCGCUCAUGCGGUUUUCGGGUGGAUCCAAGCAGCUAAACUUAUCAUGAGCUACAAAGAUCUUGUCAAUGCAUGUGCAGCAGUUUUCAGCAUGCACCCAUGAGUGAAGAUGUGAAACCUGGUAGCAAUCUAGAAAUGCAUUGAAGCUCAAAUUUUUAUGGCUACUAGAUGACUUAGUGCCACACAUCUCCACAAAUUUUCGUGGCAAUUCAACAUGUACUUUGAGAGAUUUGAUGUAUUCUUUGAGAAGUACAAAAUCUGCCAGAAAAGUGACAAAUAUUGGAUUGAUCUUGAGUCACUUAAAUUGAAAUGUCCUCAAGUUGGAAUCAUCGUUAUAAGUGGUUGAGGAACCUAGGUUUGGUUUUGAGAGGAGCUAGAAGCAUGACAAGAAGCAUGACAAGUAUUAGGUACAAGGCCAUUUGAUUGUAGUGUGUGCUUAUCAUAUUUUUGGUACUUAAAUUGGAAGAUUAAGAAAAACAAGCAACACCGAACAUAGAGAGAUUCAUGAUAAUUCAAGUGAUAUUCAAAUGGUAUUCUCUCAUGCAAGCAAGGAUCAAAGAGAUGAAGCAAGCCAACCACAACAAGAUAGUGGAUUUCAUGAUAAGUGGUAUUCAUUUCAUAUGGGUGAAGAAUGGUUUUCAUAUUGGUAUUCAUUGUCUUCACCAAGCUAUUAUAAUUGAACUUCAUGAUGCUAUUUGGAGAGCUAAAUUGGAAGCUAAUGACUAUCCUCUACUCCAACAUAGCAAGUUUUUUUCUGAAACACACACCAAUUACAAUGCUAAGAGCACAGAAGCAGCACGCAGCCCGUGCGACAUCAUCUAAUGCAAACCUUAGAAACAGGGCAUCCCCAGCUAGACUUGUCAAGCUAUAUAAAUACAUGUCUGAAGAUCAGCGCAAGAUGAUUCAUGAAGUCAAAUUCGAUGGUUGGCUGAUGGUGGAGUGCUUUGAUGCUGAAUCAUCAGAACUAGUUUUCCCUAGGAGGGGUAGGAUUUCAGUGACAUCAAAGUCUAUGGCUGACAUCCUAAACUUGCCAAACAAGGGCGAUGAGGUGAAAUACGAGCUUGAUGUGGAUGCGAUCAACUUCAUCCACAGCAAGUAUGGGAUUAUUCAAGGGCAAGCACCCAAGAUUGAAGAAAUGAUGGAAAGGGUCAAACAAAACAACCACGCAAAUGAGGAUUUCUUGAGGUCUUGGCUGAAGAUAGCGGUGUCAACUUUUUUGUGUCCGCCCACCAGUUUGGGAAUAAGCCCCAGAUGUUACCUAGCACUAGUUGACCUUACGUGCGUGAAGAAGCUGAAUUGGUGUCAAUUUGUAGUUGACCAACUUAAGGAUGCAGCUAGAAAAAUAGACAAGAAAAAUUCUGUGAGGGGCUGCUUCUUACUACUUGUUAUCCUCUACGCAGAUCCUCUAGCUGUUGGGAAUUCGGUGGCCCAGGUUUUGGUUUCCCAGAUGGAUGAUGUCAACAGAUUUGUAGCAUCAAAGGUGCCCCCACAGAUGGCAAUUGAGAAGAAGAGGAAAAUUGCUUAUGCUGUGAGCAAAGUUCUGAGUGGAGUGUCAGACUUGCUCGACACGUUCAUACAAGACAUGGCCGAGGCUGAAGACUCUCCCAGGCCGGACUUGGGAAGAUCAAAGCGGAGGAAAACUAUUAGCAGCAGCGAGGAUGGUUCAGACCAAGGAUUUGAGAAUGAAGAUGAUCAUGAAGAAGAAGAAGAAAAAAAAGAACAACAACAAGAAGAAGAACAAGAAGACCUUAUCUCCCUUAGUAGACGGUUAAAAAGGAUGCAAUCAGCCACAAGCCAAGCAGGCAGAGGGGAAACAGCACCUGCCACUGACAGCAUUGGAGGUGAACCUACACGUCAAGAAUUGGCGAGCACAGGACCUGAAGUUCAACCACCCAUCAAGGCGGGCAAUCUGAUCAGCAGGCGCUCAAGAUUAAUGCUGCCAGACAAGCCAACUAAUGCAGCGGAGCCCGAUAAGGAUGGUGGUUCAGAUCAAGGUUGCACGGGGACAAAAAAACCUGCCAAUGAAGCUAGUUCAUCGAAUGCAGUUCUUGGUAUUGCCGAAGGGAGUUCAUGGGAUUUCCUCGCCCCUGACUGUGAUAUUAUGAAGUUCAUUGAAGAGCCCACACCACCUCAGAAAGGAUCUAACACAAACGGCCAUGAACCACCAGGAGACCCGGGGUCUGCAUGGUCAUUGGAUGGGCUAGAUGAUGCUGUAUAUGAAAUUUUGAAAGCACAGGCUAUUCAGAUCAAUGAACAAGCAAAGGCCAGGCAUGGGGAUGCCACAAUAUCAAUGGCGCCAAGACAGAAUCUAACAUCAGCAAGUAUUCAGGAGCAACAAUUAGAGUUGCAGGAACACCUCAAUCUAUCGGGACAACAUCUUAUGCACCACCACAGGUGCCAAGGACAGAUUCCAGCAACAGCAAACAUUCAGGAGCAUCAACAAAAGUUUGUAGUCAUACUCAACUAUUUGUUCACCCACGCUACAUUGGGACAUUUAGUUGAUUCAGUAAAACCAAGAGGAAAGCUAAUCAACACCGUCGUGGAGAUAGGCAUUUAUGUAAUCAAUGGCAAGAAGACAAGGGGUGCCACCAGAUGGGUCAUGCCGCUUCACAUUACAGUAUUGUUCCCUGUAUUGCAGAAGCUCGUUCAGAACGACGAACACUCAGGGCAUUACUUCCUGAUUGUUGUAAAUCUGCGGAAUAACAGGUUCGAAAUCCUUGACUCCAUGAGGACAUUGGAGAAUGAAGCGCUGGCACAGUGCUCCGCCACUAUCAUCAACACAAUCAAAAAGUUGUGGGAAACCCACUACGCUGAGACAAGCAAGCAAAUAGAGGACUAUGAAAUUGUUCAAAUUGGAGUUCCAAAACAAGCAAACAAUUUCCAUAUGCAGCUGCGACUGUGGGUUCCACAUGUUGAUGCAUGCUCAACAUUGAGAUGGGCGUUUAGUUUGCAACUUUCAAGAUAUUUGCAACAUGCGGAAGAUCCUGACACACACGUGGCUCAAUUUUGAAGAAAAUGAUGUAAACUGGGAGAGUAUCUUGAAUUUGGCAUAGGCUCUACAACAGCGGAUUCAAAUCUGGUUCAACAAGAGUGGAUUUCUACUACAGCAUAUAUUGCACAUUUGCAUUUGAAGAUCUGCUGUCUUUUUUUGCAUUAUGGGGGUGAUGUGAUUUCCCCCUAUGGAUCUUGGUUGUUGUUGGAAACCUAGGGGAAUGGAAGUUGCAAACGUUUGCCGCAUAGAAGACUUUUUUUAUCUGUGUCACACACCUUAUCUGUUGUG